UGUCACUUAGACCUGUCGCUCACCCAAACUGUGUUUGAUUCUGCUUUAUUUUUUCUGACAUCCUCGAUGCUUGCUAGUGGAUGUUCAAUGAGAAGCUUGAACUUGAGCUACACCAAUAUUUACAGCUUGCCGUCGUCUAUAGGAAACCUCGCUCAACUUCAAGAGCUUCGUUUGGCGGGUUGCGAGAACCUCCAGUCUCUUCCUCCGCUCCCUUCUUCUCUACAUGUUCUUGAUGCUGGAGACUGCAACAACUUGAGAACGAUAUCGGACAUUUCAAACUUGAAAUCCUUGAGGGAAUUGAUACUCAGUUCCAGCCUGGAGAGCAUCGCCCACAACUUGGAGACAUCAGAAUUGCCAGGUCCAUGUGUCGGGUUCAGCCUUCAUGACAAGGGUCUUUAAGGUAAAGGACGACGUGCCCUUCCCCUCCACGGAAGCCUUAUCUCCACUUGAUUGGCCACCAUAGACGGGUUCCCCCCGCCGUUUCGACCAUAAAUUUAAUCCAUUUCCCGGCGAAUGUGGCCCUGCAGUCUCCUCGCAAAAGUUAAUUUCCAAUUUCGGGCUGUCAUCUCACGGCCUGACAAAAUUGGAGGAGAGAGAGAGAGAGAUUUCCAUGACGGUAAACAUACAAAAGCAUAAAGUUGACUGUAGCAUCACAUCAAGCCUGCGAGGUUGAACCUUCGCCGAAAUGCUCCAAAAAAUAUUUAAAAUCGGAACGAUAUGCGCACAAAAUGAACCAAUGCAUAAUUGCUGUGGGCUUCAUGCAAACGAUCAGUCGUACCAUUUCCGGCAUAGAAGAGAAUGGAACCUCCCUUCGACGAUGAAGGAAAGAGGAGAGAUGUAAACGGCAGGAAGGGAAAAGCGGCAGAGCCAUCGUCAUUUUCAUCUCCUCCGAAGACAAUCGACAAACCAAGAUACGAUGUCUUCUUAAGCUUUAGGGGGGAGGACACCCGGAAGGGCUUCACCAGCCAUCUCUACAACGCCCUUUGUCAGCGUGGAAUCUUCACUUUCAUCGACAGUGAGGACUUGGAAAAGGGCGAAAGGAUCGAAGAGCUGUUCAAUUACAUAGAGGCAUCGAAGAUCUUUGUGGCUGUUCUGUCCAAGGGGUACGCCGAUUCGAGAUGGUGCUUGAGGGAGAUCACCAAGAUGGUGGAGUGUGGAAGGCUCAUCAUUCCCAUCUUCUUUGAUGUCGAGCCUUGGGAUGUUCGAAAACACAGUGGCCCUUUUGAAGCUGCGUUUCAAAAGCACGAGAGUAGCGCGAGAGUAGGGGAAGAGGAUCUGAGAAAGUGGAAGGAUGCGUUGGAAAAGAUUGGAUACAUCAGCGGUUACACUUACAGUCUCCAGAAUGAUACGAAUGGGAACGAGGCACAUCUUAUACAAAACAUUGUGGAACAAAUUUCACGCACAUUAAAUAAAAAUGCACGGCCCAUCACCGAGCAUCUAGUUGGAAUGGAUUCUCAUAUUGGCAAAAUGUACAGGCUGUUAGAUCUUACAGCUAAGGAGGUUAAGAUGAUUGGGAUAGUGGGGAUGGGAGGCGUCGGAAAGACGACUAUUGCCACUGUUGUUUAUAACAAGCUACUCUCAGAUUUUGAGGACUGUAGCUUCAUUUCCAAUGUCAGGGAAAACUUUAAACAACAUAAUGGCGGUGUAGCCUUACAACAGAAACUAAUCAAAGACAUCUUAAAGGUGAAAUGUCCACACGUAACUGACGUCGAACGCGGAAAAAGCUUGUUCGAAGAAAGAUUGAGUUCCAAAAAAGUUCUGAUAAUUUUGGACGAUGCCGACGACAAGGAACAACUCAAAGCAUUGGCUGGAAAAAGAUAUUGGUUUGGUUCAGGAAGUCGGAUAAUUAUCACGUCAAGAAAUUCCAGGGUGUUACUUGAGCAUGGCGUAAUAGAAGAAGACAUCUACAGGCCUGAACUCUUGAAUAAGAAGAAUUCAUUCAAGCUGUUCUACUCAUACGCGUUCCGUGGCGUCCGACCCACAGAAAGUGAGUACGUUGAGUUAUCAAAGGAAGUUGUUAAAGCGACUGGUGAUCUGCCUUUAGCUCUGACAGUCUUUGGGUCGCUCCUAUGGGGAAGAAAUAUAAAACAAUGGAAAGAGCUUCUGCAGAAGUUGAGAUUAGUUCAAAACACUAAUAUCGAUGAGAGGUUGAGGGUAAGUUAUGAUGGCCUUGAAGAAAAUGCCAAACAAAUAUUUCUUGACAUUUCAUGUUUCUUGAUUGGCAAGAAGAAAGAAUAUGCAAGUUACAUGUGGGAAGACUGUGGCUUGUAUCCGGAAACGGCAAUCAUUGAGCUUCAGGAAAGGUCGCUCAUUAACGUUAAUAAGCGUGAUGAAUUUGAGAUGCAUGAUCUUUUACGUGACAUGGGAAGAGGCAUAGUAGCUCAAGAAGGUGAACCUUUGCACCGGAGUAGACUAAGGACCUUGGGUGACUUACUGAAGAGCUUGGCGUAUAAGGAUAAGCCGAGGAUGGCGGAAGGCAUUGUGGCACUGGGCUACACCAAAGGCAUUGUGACCAAACGGCUGGGCUACACGAAAGGCAUCCUGAACACACCAGCAGUUUUAAGUACUCAAGGUUUUGUUGGUUUCUCUCAUCUUAGGCUUCUCCAUUUGUAUGGAUUUGCAUUCAAAGGUCAAUCUCUAUGUCUUCCUGAGAGACUGAAAUGGUUGAGAUUGAAGGAUUGCAAAUUCUCCAUCUCUGUCCUUCAUCGCAUCUCCAAAUGGCUGUCUGGUGCCUCCAACCUUAAUGCCAUCUCUAUCCUUGAACUCAUCCAUGUGGAUGAUGUGGAUCGAAUUCUGAUGGAGAUCACCUCAUCCAGCAGAAAGGCCUUCGAUUCAUUGAAAGUUCUUCAUCUCGAAUCUUUGGAGAUGACCAGGACGCCAGAUUUCUCCAAGAUGAAAAUGAUUUGCUUGAGGAAGCUGACGCUGAAAAACUGCGAGAUGCUAAAGGAAGUUGAUGGGUCUAUAGGAAGCCUGAAGAGUUUGGUACACUUGGAGGUGUGUUAUUGCCAUACUCUGCAACGGCUGCCUGACAGCAUAUGCAAGCUAAUAUCUCUUGAGACCCUUAUCCUUAUCGGUUGUAGGAGGCUUUCUUCUGUGCCUGAAAAGUUGGGGGACAUGAAAUCACUGAGGAAGCUUUGGGCUGAGGACACAGGCGUACGUGCAAUACCUGACUCAAUAGGUGAUCUAAGCAACCUGCGUACCCUUUCUCUCAAUGGAAACUAUGACCUCGAAAAGCUACCUGAUUCUAUGAGGACGCUGGACUCUCUAGAGGAGUUGUACAUAAACCAUUUUGCAGAGAGGUUGUGUUACCAUUUUGACCACGACACUUUCAAUCUAAUGAACCUCGACUCAAAACUGCACAUUGGAUACGCUGAACGCUUCGAGUGGCUCGCUGGAUUACCGAACUCAUCUUUUGAGAAGGUAAAAGAGUUGACAAUUAAAGAGCCGCCUUCUUAUAGUGGCCGACUGACAAUUCAAGAUCAUUCGAUCCAAGAGCUGCCUCCCUAUCUUGGCCGACUGACAAACCUGGAGGCAUUGUCCAUACGUUGCCCCAAGCUCAGAGCUCUACCCGAGUGGCUUGGACAAUUGCUGAAGCUCAAUUCCUUUGAACUGGAAUCUGACAGCUUGGAAGCAAUGCCUGUCAUGGCUGGAAGGAUGUUCGAAAAUCUUAGGUCCCUCGAGCUGAACUGUCCGGCACUCAAGCAUGUACCUGACUGGAGCGCAUGUGGAUGUUCAAUGAGAACCUUGAACUUGAGCUACACCAAUAUUUACAGCUUGCCGUCAUCUAUAAGAAACCUCGCUCAACUUCAAGAGCUUCAUUUGAAGUCUUGCAAGAACCUUGAGUCUCUUCCUCCGCUCCCCUCUUCUCUACAUGUUCUCGAUGCUCGAUACUGCAACAACUUGAGAACUACAUCAGACCUUUCAAACUUGAUGUCCUUGAAGACAUUGAAACUCGGUUGCUGCAGAUUGCUCCAGGACUUUUGCGGCCUGGAGAGCAUCGCCCACAACUUGGAGUCGUUAGAAUUGCCAGGGCCAUGUGGUGGUCUAUCGGGGUUCAGCCAGCUUAGUCCUGCCUUCAUGACAAGGGUUUUUAAGGAGGCAGCCUUUUCAUCCCUCGAGACAUUUUCUGCAACAGGGCUGUAUGGAGAAGCGAUUCCUUGUCGUCGUUCUGACCAUCAUCAUCAGCGUUUUUGGAUCACGUUUCCAAAAGUGGGAAGAGGAGGGAAACGGCCAACGUGGGUAUGGUUUCAAUUUCUUGCUUGGCUCCGUGAAGAACAGGAAGGUUCUUUAUCUAUAUCAAUCAUGGAAGAAGAUGGCCAUGCCGUCUAUCAGGGUAUUCGUACUUGUACCAUAGGGAGUUUGUACUCCUCCAUCAGAGGAGAAGAGAUUGCUGAGUACUCGAGGGAAGGCUAUUAUCUGAGGAUGCAGGUAUCGGGACCUACGUCAUUCCUGAACGAGAUCAGUCGACACCUGUUCAAUGUUUAUGCAAUUGUUCGUUACACUUAGUUCGCACUUAAUUUUAUAGGAAAAAUUUCAAGAUCAGAGAUAAAAGUUUGUCGUUAAUCAAAAU